AUGAAAAAUCGAUAUAUUGCCGUUGUCCUAGCUAAGCCGACCCCCCUCGGAGCUGAACUCAACAACUGGGCGAGAGUCGGGGCUGUGUGCUACGCCCUUCCUACCAAUCAAUGGGAUACCCCACCCUACUCUACUCCAACCCCCCCAGUCCUCUCAAAAGGUAAACGUCCGAGGGGUAGACCGAAGCGAAGGUGGGAAGAAGGUGCGAAGGAAGGUACUGGAGAAUCGGGUAAAUCUACUUUUAUCAAGCAGAUGCGAAUUAUCCACGGUUCUGGGUAUUCGGACGAGGACAAGAGGGGCUUUAUCAAGCUCGUCUACCAGAAUAUCUUCAUGGCGAUGCAAUCUAUGAUACGAGCGAUGGAUCUCCUAAGAAUCAGUUUUAAUGACCCCGUAGAAAUGGUCGAAAAAGCUGAGCUGAUACGAGGCGUGGACUUUGAAACGGUAACGACAUUUGAAAGUCCGUACGUAGAAGCGAUAAAAGCACUCUGGGCCGACAAGGGUAUUCAAGAGUGUUACGACAGGCGGCGAGAGUACCAAUUAACAGAUUCUGCCAAAUAUUAUCUGAUGGAAAUCGAUCGGGUCGCAGCGCCAAAUUAUUUACCUACGGAGCAAGACAUCCUCAGAGUCCGAGUUCCAACAACCGGGAUCAUUGAGUACCCUUUCGACCUAGAGGAGAUUCGGUUUAGGAUGGUUGACGUUGGAGGACAGCGUUCUGAAAGGAGAAAAUGGAUUCACUGUUUCGAAAACGUCACUUCAAUUAUCUUCCUUGUAGCUUUAAGCGAAUAUGAUCAAAUUUUAUUCGAAUCGGAAAAUGAGAAUCGUAUGGAGGAAUCAAAAGCCCUUUUCAAGACUAUAAUUACCUACCCGUGGUUCCAACACUCUUCCGUUAUCCUUUUCCUCAACAAGAAAGAUUUACUCGAGGAGAAGAUCAUGUAUUCGCAUCUUGUUGACUACUUUCCAGAAUAUGAAGGUCCGCAACGAGAUGCGAUAGCAGCCAGGGAGUUUAUACUCAGAAUGUUCGUUGAUUUAAAUCCGGACAGUGAAAAGAUCAUAUAUUCACAUUUCACAUGUGCAACAGAUACAGAGAAUAUUCGUUUCGUAUUUGCUGCCGUCAAGGAUACAAUAUUGCAGUCAAAUUUGAAAGAAUAUAAUUUAGUUUGAAUGAGGUACUGCGAGGACUUCGCUUUACCUAAAUUUCAUAUUACUAUACAGUAUAGGAUAUAUUAACUGCCACCGAUCCCGAAAUAUCAUUUAUACGUCAAACUGUUUUUUAAACGGAACACCCGUUCUGGACAAAAAAGAAAGAAGAUGAAAAAUUAACUUAUAAAUGAUACGGGGCGUUUUGGAAUCAUCGGUAUUCAUUUUUUUACACUUAGGGCGGGGUGGGGUCUUUUAAGUAGGAUGGAUUACGAGUGAAUUACACUCGAAAAAAAAUAAUUAUUAAACGAAUGCUUUUUUGUACUGUGGGCGAAAAGAUAACGAAAAAAAAAAUUAGCUUGCAUUUUGAUUUGAUGUAAAUCUAUUAACCUUAUUGGCCCAUAGUGCACUGAACCGUUUCUUUAUCAUGUAUCUUUAUAGGCCUGAAAAAUUUACAAAAAGAAAAGAAGAAAAAAAAAACAAUAUGUAUGCACAAAUUAAAAGUUACCAAAAAAAAAAUAAAAAUAAAAAAAAUAAUGACCGUACCUACUGUACAGUUUUGUAAAGUGACCGAUUUGUGUGUGUUAUGACUUUAUUUGUCAACACUGAAAUGUGAUACCAACGUCGCAUAAGUUAUCCUAAAACAUAUUUAUGCGUCACGUGUUUUGUACAGUCUCUUGACCCAAAAGGAAAAUUAAAAGGAAGAGGCUGUUUUUGAAAAAAGAGACCAACAAACCUAUUUCUUUCUUAAAGUAAAAAAAUUUACCUCUAUUUAAAAAUACUUACAGCUGAUUACGUGUAUGAACUAUGACUAUUUCAUUUGUAUAAUGUAUGCUACAGAUUGUUUUAAAAUCCUAGGUGGAUCCGAAUAUUGUUUAGCGCGAUGUAGGGUGGUUUGUACAGUCAGUUUUAUUAUUUUGUCUGUUUCGAGCACUCGUUGUAUUAUAAGACAGCUCGAAGCAGGCAUAAAUGCCUUUUUAUUUUUCUUAGAAAGCUAAUUGAUCUUUCGAGAUUUUAUUUAUUUUAUCUCAUGGCAUUAUAUGUAUUCCAUGGAUUUUGUUACUUUUCAUAAAAUGCAUUUAUUUAUGUUAUUAUUGUAUUUCAUGAAAAAAUAUAUUAAAAAAUUGUUUGUUAUAUUGUAAAGACAAAAUUAAUAACACACUGUUGCUUUGACCGGCCUUUUUUUUUUUUUUUUGGUCGGAAUUGUUUGAAUUUAUAUGUUUGUCUCUCGAUAUCUUGUCAGAAAUAAAAACGAAAAAAAAAAUGUAAAAAAAAAAUUUAAAACAAAUAAAAAAAACAAAAAACAAAAACCAUAGCUUUUUUUGCCAUAAACAGCUGAAUUGUAAAAUGUUGUAUGUAUGUGUGCGAGAGCUUGUUUGUCUUUAAAAACCUACAAUUUAGAUCCAUUUGUAAAUCAACAUUUUCUUGUCAACAAAAUAUAUACCAAUUUUUCUGAUUUGUAGUGCCUUAUUUAUUCCAAUUUCUAAUUAUGGGCAGUUACUGCUCUGUAUUUUUUUAAAAGUUAUAAUUAAAUAGUAUUAAGUUAUUUUACUGGAUGGCUAAGUACCGAAACUUUUUACUGGAUGGCUAAGUACCGAAACUUUUUACUGGAUGGCUAAGUACCGAAACUGAAAAAAAGGAAAAGCCCAGUGAUAAAAAUAUCAGCAAUGGUUUCUGGUGUGAAAACUGUACCGUAUAUUUGAUAAAAUAAUAAAAAUGCUUUUGUGAUAAACUAUGAAAUCUGUAUUAUAGGUGAAAUCUCUUAAGCUAUAUGAAGGUAAGAUUCAAUUAAAUACUAUAAUAAACGAUGUAUUUAUACUGUGUGGAAUAAAAUGAUUUUUUGUUCUCCUGAAAAAAUAACAUUUUGCAAUUUCGUUUGUUAGCCAUGCACUCAAGCAUAUAAUAUAUUUUAUAAUUGACUCAAUAACACAUUUUUUUUAUCCUUAGAGAAAACCUAAUUUAGUUUGAAAAAAACAAAUUUGAGAACUUUACCUGUUCAAGCUAAAGAAAUCCAAUUGAACAGUAUUAUUAAAUAAUACAUUUUAUAACUAAUUACAUGAAAAAUUGGUACCAAUACUAUGGUCUCUGACCACUAGUUAAAUCGAAAAAUGGUCCUCAAAAGUUCUAUAAAUUGAGAUAAUCUUUCAAGCAUUCUAACGGUGGAAAAUCGGCGAACGGUGGAGGGAGUUGUGUAAUAAGCGAGUGGUGGUGUCGUCAUCGAACCUUCGGGUUUGCUAAACCUUUUUUUAUUAUUAAACAUUGUUAUUAAUGAUAUCACCUGUAAUUAAUACUUUGUAAUUUAUAUUGCUCUUGAUGAUUGAAGUCCUUGAAAAAUGGAUUAUCAACUAAACAAAAUUAUUUUAGAAAGAAGAAUAAUGAAUAGUAUGCCUCAUAGUAUUGAAGCUAAAAUACAUCUCUCUAGCAGGGAGAGGACGACAGAAUUUAGAUGGCAGCAAAUUUCAGAUAUUUUUUAUUUUUUUAGCUUAAGUAAAUAUAUUUAUGUCUGUUUUUUGGUUGUUUUGAUCUUAGGGGUGGGGUACUUGAGUAUGAAAAACCCAUUGCCCUGCAAUGUGAUAAACCGAAGAUUACGAGUUCAAAUCUCGGUGCUGGAAGAACCGAAAGAUGAGGGAGAGGAGAAAAAGAAAGAUAUUGACUUUAAUUCAGUCGAUAAAAUGAUGUAAUGUCAUGAGAAGAUAUUUAUUUCAAAGUAUAUUAUGUUAAAAUACAUUACUUAGGGAUAAAGUUUUUAUGUAUUUUUCUUAACACUUGUGUACAUUUAGUAGCUUUAAUAUAAAAAGAGUCAACAUAUUGUAAUUGGUUUAGUAUUUAGCUCAAAUCAGUCGCAGAAACACAGUGAGUGAUAGUAGACCUAAAAAGCUACAAAAAAUUUAAUAUAAACAAUGGGCCAAUUUUCAGCAGAAAAAUAGGAAAUCUAAGGUGAGUCAUGUUUUUUAUUGAAUCGGAAGCAAUAACUAAAAGAAUAUUUAAUUUAAGUGAUUAAUAAUUGCUUCAUUAGAAACAAGAUGAAAUUCACUUAAAAUUAAAAUAGAGUUUAUCAUUGUUAAAAUCAUUUACAGAGGAUUUUUGAGCGACUAAACUAAGCUAAGUUCUGUUUUUAAAAAAAUCAUGAACUAUUCGUGAUUUUGUUUUAUCGUCAUCCAACUAUACUACUGUUUCCCCACUUUUACAAAAACUUCUUUGUUUAAUAAUCUCUAAGUCUUUUUUAAUUAAGUUGAGGUUUAUUGGGGAGAAACUUGAG